UUUGUUUUUGUCGCCAGUCCCUACUCGUCAGUGAUUUGAUUGACGGACGGACAUUGUGAUUUUGCUGAACAAGGACAGGACAAUACUUCAGCGUUUUUCGUUUUAACGACUUUUGGCUCUCAGUGCUUUCGUUGCUGUUAUUUCAAAUUUCUAUAGGCUUAAGUAGACAUAUUUAGUGCUUACAAUUGCGUGGCGUAGUAAUAUGAAAAAUAUGUAUUCGUCUGCACAGAACAACAUUUCGGAUCUACUCAAAUUAGCCAAAAAAUUCAACUGUUUUUAUCUAUCAGGCUUGCAUCAGGGAGUAUGCAAACCAUUUAUUGUUGCCGGAUAUCAAGUGGGCCUGAUUCGUCCUGAUGUAAUGAAGUAUUUAAUUCGAUUUCCAGAGGUGUUCAGGAUCACAGGCAAGUAUGUAGAGCUGAACCCAGCAUUCAGAGACUACAAAGAAAGAACAACAAAGGUAGCUGAUGUGUUGCAGAGCUUGAGAAAAGAAAAUGAUAUAUGUGCAUUGAAAGGCUGGAGAGAUGAGUGUUUUGGGGUAACUACGCCAUUGCAUCCUGAGAGUUUGUUGGAAAUGGACAGAAGUGCGAUGUGUCUGUUUGGCAUCAGGAGCUAUGGAGUGAGUGUGACUGGCUAUGUCAACCACCCCACAAAAGGUCUCUGCAUUUGGUUACAGCAGAGAAGCUUUACUAAACAAACUUGGCCAGGCAAAUGGGAUUGCUUUGUGAGUGGUGGCCUGGCAGUUGGCUAUGGUAUUCUGGAGACUACAAUAAAGGAGGCUGCUGAAGAAGCCUCUGUAGAAGGCGAAUUAGUUAAAAAGUUGGUUCCAGCUGGCUGUGUAAGUUUUUAUUUUGAAAGUGAGAGAGGUUUAUUCCCAAACACUGAAUAUGUGUAUGACCUUGAGUUACCCCUGGACUUCAUGCCUCAGAAUGCUGAUGGGGAAGUGGAGAACUUUGAGUUGUUGACUGCUGAAGAAUGUAUUCAAAGAGCUUUAACACCUCAAUUUAAAACAACCAGUGCUCCAGUCCUUCUGGACUUCUUGAUACGUAAAGGAUACAUUAACCCGGAGAAUGAGCCUCACUAUCGAAAUCUGGUGGAGUUACUCCAUGUUCCCUUGCAGACAAUUUACAAUUGGCCAUGCACUUCAGCAUUCGCCGCUUUGGCCACUAAUGGAGAUGGCACAGAAAUACACCAAACAAACUAAAGCCAUGUAAAGUUUGCUUUUUAAAUCUCAAUUUUUCUAUAAUGCUCUUCAUAAAACUUGCCUACUCAAACAGGUUUUGUGUAUGAAGUUUCUAGUCUUCCUAUAUUUCAAUGUCGAAGAGAAAUUAUGAUAAAUGCUUGUAGCAUAUUUGGGUUAAUUAAGGAAUAUUUUGUUAUUUGCAUUGAGGGUCAUAUUAUAGAAUAUUAUUUUUAUCAUCACAUAAAAUCUGAUAUCAAACCAAUGGCUUGGUAGGUUAAAUAAAUAAUUUGUGGUAGGUACAGCAAAAUGACAAACUGUUGAGUAUAGGUGCAAAUAUCAUGGUUUUUCUUAGAUAAUGUUGUAAGUAGGCCUAGACGAUUUCCAGUGAUGGCAGUACCAUUACCAGUGUUUAUUGUUUGAUAAUAUUGUAAAUAUUUGUUCUAGCUUAUUAUUAAAAUAAAAUACUUCAAGGCCUAAUCAUAUUUCGUGUUAAUUGGCCUCGUAUUUAUAUACUUUGGUAAGCUUUGAGUGGUACCUAAGUUUAUGUAUUAUUAUUACUAUAAUUUUGUUUUAUCUUGGCACUUGUGACUAGUGCAUGCAUUAUCGUAAUAUUUUAGUAUACAUUGACCAAAUCUUGAUGUGUUUCGUAAUGUGUGUUAUUGAAGACAUCAUAGUUUAGCUAGGUAUGGUUAAUUUCUGUGAUACUUUACCGAUUCGGUAUAAGGCAAUAUUAUAUUAUCAGUUUAGUUUCUCGGCCGUCGCAAUGAGACCAACGUAGACACGUAGAUGCAACAUCAGCAUGUUCCAGGUGUUCUCAAAGCUGGCUCAUUCAAUGUCAGAUGGUUACGUAUUAUUUGUGACAUUUCUAUGUAGAUUAAAUACUUUGUAAACAUGAAUAAUAUAAUAUUGAAAGUAACAAACUAUCUACCUAUUAAUGUAAUAUUUAUUAUAUCAUAUAAAUUAUAGCAUAUUUGUUUUCUAGGUGCUACUUGCAGAUGUAGUACGAUAAAUUUAUAUUCGUUUAUCUAGUCAUUCUACGUCAGAUAUGGCGAAUAUUUAAAAUUUAUAAUAAUACGUACAUUAGUGCCUGUUUAAAAAUGUUUUUUUUAGUAUCGUUUGUGUUAAUUCGACUCAUAAAAUAGCUAUCGGAUAUUUAUUGAAAAUAAUUACUUAAUCACGUGUAUUAACUGAGAAAGACUACGCACACACGGCGCAAUAAUAACGAGUCUCGCUGUGACUUGAAACUUUGUACCUAGAGCUUUUCGCAGUAAAAUCACAUAAGUAGUUGUUUUCAACGAAUUUAUUACGUCUAUCGAAUAGUUUUGAGUGUAGGAGGUAUUUUUAGCGUUAAUGGUGUUUGUCAUAAUUCAUAUUUGAAGUUGUUUCUACUUAUUUUGAUUUUCACCUAGAAUACG